AUGUAUAAGACUUUUGAGCCAUUUAAAAUCCUUGAAGAUAGAGUGUCACUAUUUCCAAAUGUUGAAGUGGCUCUAAGAAUAUAUUUGAGUGUGGCCGUCACAAAUUGUAGAGGAGAAAGAUCUUUUUUUGCCAUAGGCCGGGUGAAAAACAUUUUAAGAUCCACUUUACGCCAGGAUAAAAUGAAGGCCCUUGCACUUUUGUUUAUUGAAAGUGAAUUCAUGAACAAUAUUUCUUUCGAUGAAAUAGUAGUCUUUCGCAGCGUUAAAAUCAAGGAAAAACUUUUUUAUAUGAAUAAUAUUUAG